ACCAACGGUAACCAUACGAUUCUUAUUACUGUUUUUUUAACCGCCAAAAAAAUGCUUUCCGCCGGAGUUCCUCUCGUCGGCGGCGACCAACUCCUCCUCCACCGUAGGAACCCCAGCCUACUGCUCCACGCUUUCAAACCAAUCGCAUUCAGUUCCUUCAUAGUGAGAUCAUCUUCUUCAAGCCUUAAAGAACUCGACAUUUCAUCAUCAUCAUCAUCGGAGGGCGACGAUGAUCGGCAAUUAAGUUCGACGCUUAGCGGUUCGGUGUCCUUCCCUCCGGUUAAGGUUGCAAAGCGAGUGGUUCUGGUGAGGCACGGACAGAGCACGUGGAAUGCAGAAGGUAGGAUCCAAGGGAGCUCCGAUUUCUCGAUUCUUACUCAGAAAGGGGAGGCUCAAGCUGAGACUUCCCGCCAAAUGCUCAUCGAUGAUUCAUUUGAUAUAUGCUUCUCCAGUCCCUUGAAAAGAUCAAAAAGAACCGCUGAAGUUAUAUGGGGUUCUCGGAAAGAGGAGAUCCUUACUGAUUCCGACUUGAGGGAGAUUGAUCUAUACUCGUUUCAAGGUCUCCUAAAGCAUGAAGGUAUAGCAAAAUUCGGUGCGGCUUUUGGUCAGUGGCAAAAAGAUGCUCCGAAUUUUAAUAUAGAUGGUCAUUAUCCGGUGAGGGAAUUGUGGACACGUGCUACAAGCUGCUGGAACAAAAUCUUGGUUCAUGAUAGUAGGUCGGUUCUCGUGGUUGCUCAUAAUGCCGUUAAUCAGGCUCUUGUUGCUACAGCAAUGGGCCUAGGAACUGAGUACUUCCGGAUUUUACUUCAAAGUAACUGUGGUGUAAGCGUGUUAGAUUUUGUCCCACGGCCUGAGGGUGGAUCUCCAUAUAUAUGUCUUAACCGAUUAAAUCAGACUCCAGGCUCACCUAUUGCUGCUGGAAGCUCUGCAGGCAGGAAAGCCGGUAACCGGAUCAUACUUGUCUGUCAUGGAUCCCAGGGAAAUCCCGAGGCUAGCAAUUUUGAUGCUGGUGACACAUCUAUGGACAUGCUUGGAAUUAUACAGUCGCAAAAAACAGCCGAACUGCUUCUAGAUUUGAAGGUGAAAUCAAUAGUUAGCAGCCCUAGAGUAACACCAACUGAAACUGCUAAUGCAAUUGCUCGUGUUCAAGAAGCUGCCGAAUGUCUUGGUGCUGAUUGUCUACCGCGAUAUGUGGAAACAAAGCAGAUGAAAGACCUCGACAUUCACGACAUUCUUAAUCGUUCAAAGAAGGAUUCGGUUAAUGCGUCGAGUCUACAAUCUGGCUGGAUAAAUGAGUUCGAAGAUGGAUUGUUAACAGAACUAUGGGACCGGUCAGGGACGGCCUGGAAAUCACUAUUGAACGAGUUAUCUAACGAAUCUGAACCAGAUAACGUUGUUGUAGCUGUUGGUCAUCCCAUCGUUACCGUCGGUCUAUUAGGCCAUUGCUUAAACCUAACAAAGGAUUGGAUGGGAUCGUUUCAUGUCGAUGCUGGUAGCAUUAGCGUCAUCGAUUUCCCCGAUGGCCCUUCUGGAAGAGGCGUUGUUCGUUGCAUAAACUACACUGCACAUCUCGGAAGGUGGUUGAUCCCCAUUACUAAAGCAACACAAGGCGAUGAAGAAUUCUAAACCCCGACUUCCCGAGCUCGUGGUCAUGCAUUUUCGGAUUAUAACCGCUUAUUCGUCUCGAGAAUGAUCGAAAAUCCAGCACGGUAAUGUUGGGAUCCCACAUGGAACAAGAAACAGAAAUAUACAUCUUUUAUAUAUUUAUAUUUUUGGUAACU